CGCUUAGUUUGUGAACGAACAGUUUCUGUGACAAUUUAACAUUUUUCUAAUAGACUAAAUCAAGCACCAUAUAUUUGACUUGCUUUCUAAUAAAAUACAUUUUCUAAAUAAGAUUUUCAUGACAUCAUCGCAAAUCUCUGGUUGGUACCAUGUAACAAGUUCUUUCAAUCCUAAAUCUAGUUCAGUAUUUAGUUAUGUUUGUGAUGACAUAAAAAUGAGUAGCAUAUUUAUAUUAUCUUGGUCCAGUUUUGUCGUGUUCUAUCAAACCAUUCUUUAUAGCUUUACAAGAUAUAUUCUUGAACAUCAUGAUGGCUUUUCUCGUCAUUGUAUUAAUGCAAACCAACUUAUUUAGUCGGUGAUUGAGCCAAGAAAUUCAAUAUGAGUAGAAGUGAUCUGUCCAAGCAAGCAUAUUGCAGGCAUAAGAUGCAACUUUCACCUACCUCAAACCCUUCUUAUUCUCUUUUGAUACAACAUUGGUUAUUGCCUUUGAGCAAUGACACACUGAUGAUAUGUUUGUAGAAAAAUUAGAUAUUAGUAGGAUUCAAUAAUAAUGUUGAGGUUUAAAUUUGGUAAUUUUCUGUUUAACUAUAAUAUGUUUGAACAUGAUUUGCACUUUAUUAGUAAACAUUUUUCUUCAACAACGACUUUUAUCCUUAAAAAAGACCAAUUUUUGGCGACCGUGAAGUUUGUUUAGAUCUAUAUUCUCUUGGUUGUUCCUUAGAGGCUGUCGUCAAAAGGGAUAUUUUAACGAUAUUUUAUGAGAUGCAACAAUAUAUUAAAUAGUAGGCGACUCCCUUCUGUUUCAACCCAUACAUAUUCUAUAUUUCCUUGAUAAAGCUUGGAUCAGAUUGCCAGGAGAAACGUUACAUUUGCUUCAAAUUCUUUCACUGAGACUUUGCAAAUACAUUCUUCCUCUUUAAUAUUGAGAUUAUGUAUUGUACACGUAAUACACAUAAAUUAGAUAUGGAUAAAUUAUUAAGUUAUGAAAUUGGUUUAAAUGAUUUUUUAUUUGCACAUAUAAAAGGACAACCAAAAGAGAUUAAAAUACGUAAAACAAGUGAAUCAUUUGGUUUAACAUUAACAGAUAAUGGUUGUGGUGUAGUGAUUAUAAAACGUAUUAAACCUGGUGGUUUUAUGGAUAAAGUAUCUAAAACAUGUCAUGAUUUAAUACAACCUGGUGAUCAAAUUGAAAAAAUUGAUGAUAUUUCAUUUAAUGGUCGACGUCAUUAUCAUGUAGCAUCUUAUUUACAAAGUAUUCCUAUUAAAAAUGUAUUUUGUCUACGAUUAAUUUCACCAGAACGUUGUCCUAUGUAUAUGAUAAGUUCACGUUCAAAAGGUAGAAAUAGUCAUGUUGGAUCAGGCAAACGAACUAUUCGUUUUAAACAAGAUGGAAAUUUAGAAGAAAAUGAGAUUGUAGAUGUUGAAAUUGAAGGAAUUCAAAGAAUUAAUGAAAUACUUGGUGAUAGUCUUGGUUUUGAAGAUAAUGAGCUUGUUGAAAUUAUGUCGAAAACUCCAUCAUCAAUAUCAGUUAUUGUUACUGGUCUACCAAGAACCGGAACGACCAGUAUGAAAAAGGCAUUGGAAAUAAUUUACAAUCAACCUUGUUAUCAUGGUUAUGAACUUGUGACCAGAAAACAAUGUGACAUUGCUAAAUGGCAAAUGCUUAUCGAUGAAGUACGAACAACACGUUGCGAGGAGAAGAUACAUAAAUGUUUGAGUGAAAUGUUGGUUGGCUACCGAUCUGUGGGUAAUAUCCAAGUGUGUUGGUUAUACAAGGAAUUGAUGACUUUAUACCCUGAUGCAAAGGUUGUACUAACGGUUCGCGAUAAAAACGAUUGGUUGGCUAGUUUCCGACAAGUGGUCAUGCCUAAAUCAGAUGAUCCACGUAAAUUACAAAUGGAUGAAGCGAAAAGACGUGCAAGAAUCCCUGUUGAAUUUGACAAACUUCUUACUGAUUCAUUGAAACUAGCAUUUCAGAACGAAGAUAUUGAUUUUGAUGACGAUGAAAUGUUACUUGAAUGUUACGAAAAACAUAACAAAACUCUUCAGGAAAAUAUACCAUCUGAACGUCUUUUGGUAUAUCAUAUUGGAGAUGGUUGGGAACCAUUGUGUAGAUUCUUGAAUGUGGAUGUGCCAGCUAAUAUACCAUUUCCCGAAACCAAUCAUCACGCUGACUUGGAAAAGCUAAGGGAAUUGACGAAGAAAUUAGGAUCGAUUGAAGAAGUCGCUAGAAUUCAUCCAGGAAUUGUAUAAAACUGAAGUAUACACUGAUUGUACUAAACAUUGACGUUAUUAUUAACUAAGAAAUAAAUUGUUAUCAAGCCUUGAAUUCCACUUUCUCAUUGACAACCAUGGUAAUAUUGGUGAUAAAAAUAUAGUCGGU